ACUGUUAUUUUGUUUUAUACCUUCAGGGGAGUGUCGAGUUCUCUUUGGGUUUCUUUGCUGUUAAAGCCAAUUCAACUGAAAAUGGCAUCAAAAGGAGAAUGUGGAGAUGAUGUUGAUCCCAUUCCUUUCCUGGCUCCUACCGACAAGGAGAAGCUGGAAGCUAUCAACCGACCCUAUGAUAUUAAGAAGUCUUGCUGGGUCAAGGAUGAAAAGGAGGGCUUCAUCGCAGGUGAAAUCCAGUCUGAGAAAGGUGAACAAGUCACUGUGAAGACUGUCAAGAACACCACUUUGACCCUGAAGAAAGAUGAAGUUGACCAAAUGAAUCCACCUAAGUUUUACCAGGCCACAGACAUGGCCAAUCUGACCUUCCUGAAUGAGGCCAGCAUCCUGGACAACCUCCGCCAGCGUUACUUCAAAAUGAGAAUCUAUACCUACUCUGGGUUGUUCUGUGUGACAGUGAACCCCUAUAAGUGGCUGCCCAUCUACGGUGGUAGAGUUGCUCAAAUGUACAAGGGCAAGAAACGCAGUGAGAUGCCUCCUCAUCUCUUCUCCAUCUCUGACAACGCGUACCACGACAUGCUGAUGGAGCGUGAAAACCAGUCUAUGCUCAUCACCGGAGAAUCUGGUGCUGGGAAGACAGAAAACACCAAGAAGGUUAUUCAGUACUUUGCCAAUAUGGGUGGCUUGAAGCCAGCUGGUGGUGAUCCAAAGGGCUCCUUGGAAGAUCAAAUCAUCCAAGCUAACCCUGUGCUGGAAGCUUUUGGCAAUGCUAAAACCACCAGAAACAAUAACUCUUCACGUUUUGGUAAAUUCAUCCGCAUUCACUUUGGUCCAUCCGGCAAGCUGGCUGGGGCUGACAUUGAAAGCUAUUUGCUGGAAAAGUCUCGGGUAAUCUCGCAGCAGUUAUCUGAGAGAGGCUAUCACAUCUUCUACCAGAUUCUCUCAGGGAAGAAAGCCGAUUUACUGGACUCGCUGUUAUUGGUGUCUGACCCUAAACUUUACUUCUGGGUAUGCCAGGGAGUCACCACAGUGGAAAACAUGGAUGAUGGUGAAGAGUUAUUACUGACUGAUAUUGCCUUUGAUGUACUGGGCUUCACUGCAGAAGAAAAGCUAAGCAUUUAUAAACUGACUGGGGCCAUCAUGCACUUUGGUAACAUGAAGUUCAAGCAGAAGCCAAGAGAGGAACAGGCAGAGGUCGAUACUCCUGAAGUGGCCGACAAAGUCUCCCACUUGAUGGCACUCAAUUCAGGGGAACUGCAGAAAGGCAUCACCAGGCCAAGGGUCAAGGUUGGCAAUGAGUUUGUGCAGAAAAGCCAGAGCAUGGACCAAUGCCAAAAUGCAAUUGGGGCUCUUGCCAAAGCUGUUUAUGACAAAAUGUUCAAGCAAAUGGUGGUGAGAAUUAACAAGACCCUGGACACCAAGGCACAGCGACAGUACUUUAUAGGGGUGCUGGACAUUGCUGGCUUUGAGAUCUUUGAGUCUAACAGCUUUGAGCAGCUCUGCAUCAACUUCACCAACGAGAAGCUGCAGCAAUUCUUCAACCACCACAUGUUCGUCCUGGAACAGGAGGAGUACAAGAAGGAAGGAAUCCAUUGGGAGUUCAUUGACUUUGGCAUGGACCUGCAGGCCUGCAUUGAGCUUCUGGAGAAGCCCAUGGGCAUCUUCUCCAUCCUGGAAGAGCAGUGCGUGUUCCCGAAGGCCACGGAUGCCACGUUCAAGGCUGCUCUGUACGACAAUCACCUGGGCAAGUCCAACAACUUCCUAAAACCAAAAGGUGGCAAAGGCAAGGGUGGAGAGGCCACGUUUGAGCUGGUGCACUACGCGGGCACAGUUGGCUACAGUACCCAAGGCUGGCUGGAGAAGAACAAAGACCCCCUGAACGAAACUGUUACGGGCCUUUUCCAGAAAUCUUCAUUGGCUCUGUUGGCCUUAAUCUUCAAAGAAGAGGCAGCCCCAGCCGGUGGUAGGAAGCCGAAGAAAGGUGCUUCCUUCCAAACUGUCUCCGCUUUCUACAGGGAGCAGCUGAACAAGCUGAUGACCACCCUGCGCAGCACCGCACCCCACUUUGUCCGCUGCAUUGUACCAAACGAGUUCAAGCAGUCAGGUGCUGUGGACGCUAAGCUGAUCCUCCACCAGCUGGCCUGUAAUGGUGUGCUGGAGGGAAUCCGUAUCUGCAGGAAAGGAUUUCCCAACAGACUGCAGUAUCCUGAGUUUAAACAGAGGUAUCACAUCCUGAACCCCAAUGUCAUCCCCAAGGGAUUUGUUGAUAACAAGAAAGCUUCGGAGCUGGUCCUGGGUUCAAUUGAUCUGGACAGCAGCGAGUACAGGAUUGGACACACAAAGGUGUUCUUCCGAGCUGGCGUCCUGGCUAAGCUGGAAGACUUCCGCGAUGAGCGACUGGCAAAGAUUAUGACAAUGGUUCAGGCUCGCUCCCGCGGGAAUCUCAUGCGUAUUGAGUUUAAAAAGCUGCUGGAGAGGAGAUUGGCACUGAUAGUCAUUCAACGUAAUGUACGCAAAUUCCUGCAACUCCGUUUCUGGGGCUGGUGGAAGCUGUACAACAAGGUCAAGCCUCUGCUCAACGUGGCCCGUCAAGAGGAUGAGAUGAAGCAGAAAGAGGAGGAGCUGAGGUCAGCGAUGGAGAAGACCAACGAGCUACUCAACCGCAUCAAGGAACUCGAAGAGAAGACUGCUACUCUGUCACAGGAGAAGAAUGACCUUAUAAUCCAACUCCAAGCUGAGCAAGAAAACCUGGGUGACAUGGAUGAGCGUCUCACUCAGCUGAUGAGGACCAAGUUGGAAUAUGAGAACCAGAUCUCAGAGAUGAAGGAACGGCUUGAAGAGGAGGAGAACUCCUGCAGCUCUCUGGUGUCUCACAAGAGGAAACUGGAGAGCGAGAUGACUGACUUAAAACUGGAUCUAGAGGGUCUGGAGACAACCCUGGUCAAAACUGAGAAAGAGAAACAGGCUCUGGAUAUCAGAGUGAGAUCCCUGACCCAGGACCUUGCUCAACGAGACGACGCGAUCGCUAAGCUGCAAAAGGAAAAACGAGCCAUAGAGGAACUACACCAGAAAACACUGGAUGACCUACAAACCGAAGAAGAUAAAGUGAACCACCUCACCAAGAGUAACAGCAAACUCAGCUCCCAGAUCCGAGAGCUGGAAGAUAACUGGAGUCAGGAGAAGAAGAUCAGGGCUGAGGUGGAAAAGGCCCGUCGCAAGGCUGAGGGAGACCUGAAGAUGACAAUCGAGAACCUGAAUGACAUGGAGAGAGCAAAGAUUGAGCUGGAGGAGGUGCUCAAGAAGAGGGAUCUGGAAAUUAAUUCACUGAGCUCCAAGUGGGAAGACGAACAGUCACUGAAUUCUACGCUGCACAGGAAGUUUAAAGAGCAUCAGUCCCGGAUUGAAGAGCUGGAAGAGGAGCUGGAGGCAGAGCGAGCUAAUAGAGGCAAGGUGGAGAAGCAGCGAGCUGAGCUGUCGCGAGAGUUGGAGGAUCUCAGUGACAGACUGGAGGAGGCUGGUGGUGCCACAGUUGCCCAGAUUGAGCAGAACAGGAAGCGUGAAGGAGAGCUGCUGAAGUUGCGACGGGAGCUGGAGGAAGCCUCACUGCAGGCCGAGGCCACCGCCUCCGCCUUCAGGAAGAAGCACACGGACUCCAUGGCCGAGCUGGCCGAGCAGGUGGAGAACCUGCAGAGGGUCAGGGCCAAGCUGGAGAAGGACAAGCAGGUCAUGAAGGCUGAGAUCGAUGACCUGAGCUCCAAUUCUGAGACGUUACAGAAAUCCAAGAUCAAUGCUGAGCUCCAGGUUCGGAAGUUGGAAGACAACAUUGUAGAGACCAACGCCAAGUACACUGAAAUGGAAAGGACCUUGAUGGAAGUUAGCACUGUGAAGACCAGGUUAUCAGCUGAGAACAGUGAGCUGAGUCGUUCAUACGAGGAGACCCAAAGCAAACUCAACCAGCUGAUCAGAAUCAAAACUACUCAGGUUUCUCAAAUUGAGGACUUCAAGAGGCAAUUUGAAGAGGAAUCAAGGGCCCGAAGUGUAGCAGUGGUUAGUCUUGCCAAUGCCAAGCACGACAUGGAUCUGAUGAAGGAGCAGUUGGAAGAAGAGCAGGGGGGCAAGUCUGAGCUCCAACGCCUGGUUUCUAAACUGAACUCUGAGGUGACGUCAUGGAGGACCAAGUAUGAAACAGACGCCAUCCAAAAGACCGAGGAGCUGGAGGAGACAAAGAAGAAGCUGGCAGCCAGAUUACAAGAGGCUGAGGAGUCUUCGGAAGCCGCACAGGCUAGGGCUUCUAGCCUGGAGAAGGCGAAGCACCGGCUAACUGGAGAGGUGGAGGAUCUCAGCAUUGAGUUGGAAAAGGCCAACGCUGCAGCAGCUUCUUUGGACAAGAAACAACGCGUCUUUGACAAAAUGUUGUCCGAAUGGCAGCAGAAGUGCGAGGAGCUGCAGGUGGAACUCGACAGCUCACAGAAGGAGUGCAGGACGUAUGUAACUGAAGUCUUCAAACUUAAAACCGCCUACGAAGAGGCUUUAGACCAGCUUGAAGUUGUGAAAAAAGACAACAAGAAUCUGCAAGAUGAGAUUAAGGAGAUGGUGGAUCAGCUGGGCGAGGGUGGCAAGAGCAUCCAUGAGCUGCAGAGGAUAAAGAAGAAGCUGGAGGUUGAAAAGGACGAGCUGCAGAUGGCACUGGAGGAGGCUGAGGGAUCAUUGGAGGUAGAGGAGAGUAAGUUAGUCCGUGUCCAGCUCGAACUUGCACAGGUGAAGGCCGACAUUGAGAGGAGGAUCCACGAGAAAGAAGAGGAAUUUGAAACCACAAGGAAGAACCACCAGCGUACUAUUGAGUCCCUGCAGGCCAGCCUGGAGGUGGAGGCCAAGGGCCGUGCCGAGGCUCUCAGGCUGAAGAAGAAGAUGGAAUCGGAUCUGAACGAGAUGGAGAUCCAGCUAGACCACGCCAACAAAAACAACGCUGAGCUGGUCAAAACCCUCAAGAAACUCCAGCAGCAACUCAAGGACAUGCAAGCACAGAUGGACGAGGAUACCCGGCGACAUGAAGAGCUGCGAGAACAGUACACCCUGUCAGAGCGGCGCAUCACCCUCCUGCAGUCAGAGCUGGAGGAGCAUCGCAGCAGCCUGGAGGCCAGUGAGCGCUCUCGCAAGCUCAUUGAACAGGAGCUGGUGGAAACCACUGAACGAUACAAUGAGCUCAAUGUGCAGAACCACAGUCUGUUGGUGUUCAAGCGUAAGCUGGAAGGAGACCUGCAGUCCCUCACAAAUCAGCAUGAGGAACUGAUCCACGAGUUCCGCUCAGCUGACGAGAAAGCAAAGAAGGCCAUGAGUGAUGCUGCCCGCAUGGCUGAGGAACUGCAUCAAGAACAGGAGCACUGCAUGCACCUGGAGAAGAUCAAGAAGAACUUUGAGCUGCAUAUCAAAGACUUGCAGGUCAAAUUGGAGGAAGCCGAACAACUUGCCCUGAAGGCUAGCCGUCGCGUCAUCCAGAAAUUAGAGACCAAGGUUAAGGAGCUGGAGACCGAAUAUGAUUCUGAACAGAAACGGCACAUUGAAACGGUGAAGGUCCUGCGCAAGAAUGAACGGCGCCUGAAGGAGCUGGUCUUCCAGACUGAGGAAGACCACAAAACCAACCAGCGCAUGCAGGAGCUGGUGGAGAAACUGCAGAGCAAACUCAAGAGCUACAAGAGGCAGAUAGAGGAAUCCGAGGAACAGGCCAACCAGAGCCUGGCCAAAUACAGGAAGACCAUCCACGAGCUGGAUGAUGCUGAGGAGAGAGCUGGAAUGGCAGAAUGUGCUCUGAAUAAACUCCGCACCAGGAACCGAUCCACUCUUAGCAAAGGCUACAGUACAGUUGAGGUUAUUCAGGUGUCCUCUAAAUCCACCACUGAGGACUAAUUCUCAUCUCUCGGCUGGGUUAUACGUGUCUCUCACAACAGCUGUCUAUCAUUCAGCUCUGUUGAAGAUGGUGUUUGACAGGAGCCUUGCAGACUUUUCGAAGGCCACAGAAGUAUUGGAAGACAAAGAGCUAAGAUAAAAAAACUGCCUUUGUUUCUCAGCAAGGCCAACCUGUUCGCAUUUGUUGUAAUGUUGUGUAUAAAGUGGAGGGAACCUCUGUACCAUCCAUAAUGAUGACAGUUGUAGAGCAGAGAAUCCUUGCAUUCUCAUUUCAAGGAUAGAGUAUGCAAUUUUAUGUAUAGCCUGGCUGCUUGUGUAAAUAACCUAGUUGCCUGAAUAAAUAUGUCCUUCAGAAGACACAGUAAA